AACAACCAACAUGUAUUAUUACAAUUUAUUAUCUCUGAUUUUGGUUCUGAUCAGCGGCGUUUUUGCCGCCCCAGCUGAGCGGAUUGAAACCGAUCCGGAGCUGACAGCUGGAUAUAUUGAGGGUGAUAUGGUACCCAGUGGAUCGCUAAGGAAUAUUUGGCGUAAUGAAACCUACCGCUGGCCCAAUCGCAUUAUCUACUAUCACAUCAAUAGCUAUAUAGAUGAAGAGCAUCGGAACCAUAUUGUUAGUGCAAUCCACAAAAUCGAAUCCAUUUCCUGUCUGACCUUCAAAGAGGCCACCACCGAUCAGAAGUAUUAUGUAAAUGUGACCUCUGAGGACGGUGGUUGUUUCUCGUACAUUGGUUAUCUGAACCGAGUUCAACAACUGAAUCUUCAAAAUAAUGAAAUAGGAGUCGGAUGCUUCCGCCUCUAUACGAUUGUUCAUGAGUUCCUACACGCCCUGGGAUUCUUCCAUCAGCAGAGUGCCGCCGAUCGGGAUGAAUUUGUCCAAAUUGUUGAGGAAAAUAUCACCGAAGGCAUGGAAUUUAAUUUCGAUAAAUAUACCGAAGAAACAGUCAACGAUUUUGGCGAGAAAUACGAUUAUGGAAGUGUUAUGCAUUACGGUCCUUAUGCAUUUUCCAAAAACGGCGAGAGGACAAUUGUUGCAUUGGAGGAGGGCAAAGAAGAUGUCAUUGGCCAGCGACUGGAGUUGAGUGAAACAGAUAUCAAAAAGCUAAAUGCCAUGUAUAAAUGCCCCACUGUUUAGUAAUGAAUAUUUUUUAUCGCACCGCCGUUCAGAAUUUUCUUCCGGCCUUGGCAACGUAACGAUGAUAAAUUUCGUUUUCUCGCGAAAAAUAUAAUCUGUUUAUUGUGUUGACAAAUGCAAUUAGGUGAAUGUUCGUCGCUGUCAUUUGCUUUCAGAUUAAUUUUGACA